UGGUGUUAACUAUCCCUAGCAGAAAGUGUUGAUGGCUCACGCCGGCAUGGUGGUAGUGGAAACAGUGUGAAGAUCCCAGAGACAUAGUGGAGAGGCAGAGCCAACAAGACUUGGUGAUAAACUACUCAGGAAAAGGGAGGAGCCACGGCUUUCAGCCAUCAGCAUCCACCCCCAGGAUGGCCUCACCCCUUUCCCUUCCUGCCGGUCCGAGAAACCAUACAGGUCCAGGGCCCUCUGCUCUGCCUACUGCUCAGUAAGUGGGUUCAAGUUUGAUAAGAAAGGACUUCCUGUGGUGGGAACUGAAAGGAAGAGGAAGGGGUUAGCCCAUUCCUGCCAAGGAGGCUGUGGGAGAAGGAUAAUGGCCAGAGCUUUGCAUCCACUUCGUGCCCUCUGGCUUCUGGAGUGGGUGCGGAUGCUCUUGGGACCCAGUGCUGCCCCUCCAGCCUUGGCCUUGAACUUGGACCCAAAGCAGCUCACCUUCUACACAGGCCCCAAUGGCAGCCACUUUGGGUUUUCAUUGGACUUCUGCAAGAACUGCCACAGCAGCGUGGCCAUCGUGGUGGGAGCCCCGCGGACCCUGGGUCGCAACCAAGAGGAGAUGGGCGGCGUGUUCACAUGCCCCUGGAGGGCCGAGGGCGGCCAGUGUUCCCCCCUGCUCUUCAGCCUUAAUGAUGAGACCCGAAAAGUAGGCUCCCAAACUUUCCAAACCUUCAGGGCCGGGCAAGGAUUGGGGGCAUCCGUCGUCAGCUGGAACAACAACAUUGUGGCCUGCGCCCCCUGGCAGCACUGGAACGUCCUAGAAGAGACCGAGGAGGCGGAGAAAACACCCGUAGGUGGCUGCUUCUUAGUUCAGCUCCAGAAGGCCAACCGCUUUGAGUUCUCGCCUUGUCGGGCCAACACCAUGAGCCGGGUUUACGUGGAGAACAGACACUGGGAAGACAGGCGCUACUGCGAAGCCGGCUUCAGCGCCGCGGUCACCGAGGCUGGAGACCUGGUGCUUGGGGCCCCUGGCGGCUAUUUUUUCUUAGGUCUCCUGGUGCAGGCUCCAAUAGCAGACAUCUUCUCGAGUUACCGCUCCGGCACCCUCCUGUGGCACUUGCGCACCCAGCGCUUCACCUUGGACUCCAGCCAUCCAGAGUACUUCGACAGCUACCGGGGGUAUUCGGUAGCCGUUGGCGAGUUCGACGGGAAUCUCAACACCACAGAGUAUGUCUUCGGUGCCCCGACCUGGAGCUGGACCCUGGGAGCCGUGGAAAUUUUGUACUCGGACUUCCGAACGCUGCACCGGCUGCAGGGAGAGCAGGUGGCUUCGUAUUUCGGGCACUCGGUGGCCGUCACUGACGUCAACGGGGACGGGAGGCACGACCUGCUGGUGGGGGCGCCGCUGUACAUGGACAGGCGCUCCGACCGCAAGCUGGCCGAGGUGGGGCGCGUGUACUUGUUCCUGCAGCCUCGGGGCUCCCAGGCGCUGGGCACCCCCAGCCUCCUGCUGACCGGCACGCAACUCUAUGGGCGAUUUGGCUCAGCCAUCGCACCCCUGGGCGACCUCGACCAGGAUGGCUACAACGAUGUUGCGGUGGCUGCCCCCUACGGGGGUCCCAGUGGUCGGGGCCAAGUGCUGGUGUUCCUGGGCCAGAGUGAGGGGCUUAGCUCGCGCCCCUCCCAGGUCCUGGACAGCCCCUUCCCCACGGGCUCUGGCUUCGGCUUCUCCCUGCGAGGUGCCACAGACAUCGAUGAAAAUGGAUACCCAGACUUACUGGUGGGAGCCUACGGGGCUGACAAGGUGGCCGUGUACAGAGCGCAGCCAGUGGUGAUGGCCACCGUCCAGCUGACGGUACAAGAUUCGCUGAACCCUGCUGUGAAGGACUGUGUCCUGCCCCAGACCCAGACAUCAGUGAGCUGCUUUGGAAUCCGGAUGUGUGUAGGAGUCAAAGGGCACAGUAUCCCUCAGGAGCUGAGCCUGAAUGCCGAGCUGCAGCUGGACCGGCUGAAGCCCCGCCAGGGCCGGCGGGUGCUGCUGCUGAACUCUCAACAGGCGGGCGCCACCCUGCACCUAAACCUGGGGGGCAGACAAAGAUCCAUCUGCCACGACAUCAAGGCCUUCCUGCGUGAUGAGGCCGACUUCCGCGACAAGCUGAGCCCCAUCGUGCUCAGCGUCAACGUGUCCCUGGCACCUGCGAAGGAUGGACUAGCCCCUCCUGUUGUGCUGCAUGGGGACACCCUUGUCCAGGAGCAGACCCGCAUCGUCCUGGACUGCGGGGAGGACGACCUGUGCGUGCCCCAGCUUCAGCUCUCGGCCAGCGUGAAGGGCUCCCCCCUCCUCAUUGGAGCCGAUAACGUGCUGGAGCUAAAGAUGGACGCGGCCAACGAGGGGGAGGGGGCCUAUGAGGCCGAGCUGGCCGUGCACCUGCCCCUGGGUGCCCACUACAUGAGGGCCCUCAGCGACGUGGAGGGCUUUGAGAGACUCAUCUGUAACCAGAAGAAGGAGAAUGAGACCAAGGUCGUACUGUGUGAGCUGGGCAACCCCAUGAAGAAUGUCCGGAUGGGGAUCACCAUGUUGGUCAGUGUGGGGAACCUGGAAGAGGCUGGGGAGCACGUGUCCUUCUGGCUGCAGAUCAGGAGCAAGAACAGCCAGAAUCCAAACAGUGAGACAGUGCGGCUGGAUGUGCCAGUCCGGGCGGACGCCCACGUGGAGCUUCGAGGGAGCUCCUUUCCGGCCUCCCUGGUGAUGGCGGCAGAAGAAGGCAACAGAGCGAACAGCUCAGACAGCUGGGGCCCCAAAGUGGAGCACACCUAUGAGCUCUACAACAAUGGGCCUGGGACCGUCCAUGGCCUCUACCUCACCCUCCGCCUCCCCGGCCAAUCCCAGCCGUCCGACCUGCUCUACAUCCUGGAUGUACAGCUCCAGGGGGGUCUUCAGUGCACCCCACAGCCCUCUCCCAACCCCCUCAAGCUGGACUUGGGGCUGCCCACUCCCACCCCCACCCCCAUUCACCCGGGCCAUCACAAGCGGGAUCGCAGGCAGGCUUCCCUGCCAGGGCCCAAGCAGCCAGUUCUUGUGAGCUGCGACUCGGCGCCCUGCACCGUGGUGCAAUGCGAGCUGCAGGAGAUGGCGCGCGGGCAGCGGGCCAUGGUCACGGUGCAGGCCUUCCUGUGGCUGCCCAGCCUCCGCCAGAGGCCACUGGAUCAGUUUGUGCUGCAGUCGCACGCCUGGUUCAAUGUCACCUCCCUUCCCUACGCCGUGCCUGCCCUCAGCCUGCCCAGUGGGGAAGCUCUGGUGCAGACACAGCUGCUCCGGGCGCUGGAGGAGAGGGACAUUCCCAUCUGGUGGGUGCUGGUCGGCGUGCUGGCUGGCCUGCUGCUGCUCACGCUCCUGGUCUUGGCCAUGUGGAAGCUCGGCUUCUUCAAGCGGAAGCGGCCACCUCUGGAAGAAGACGAGGAGGAGGAGGAGUGAUGGUCCGGCCCGUGACCUGUCCCAGCAGGAAGGCUGGGUGCGAUGCCCGUGUGCCCCCUCUUCCCCGCGUGUCCCCCGCUCUGCUUGCCUGUGGGUCGGAGCUGUUCCGUGGAGGCCUCCGGCUGCCCUCUCCUUCCCACCAGAGCUGGGCCACCCCCCCCCUCCCGUCCUUCUGUCUAAUAAAGAGGCAGCCCCAA